UCUGUCGUGUCGUAAUGCUUCUGCGAACAUUCCCAGGGCACUUUGAUAAAGUAACUAUUCGUCGUCAAAAUCCAACACCUCAACCCUCCACUCCUCCCAUCUCACAGGCUGCUGCACGCGUCUUCCUUCCCUUUCCUCUCUCCCAUUUUCCCUCGGUUUUACAAACCCUAGCUGCUACACGACCUAUCGCCAAUCGAGCUGAAUUCUUCUCGGUCACUCCCUGCUUUCCGGUUCUUCCUUCUUGGUGAUGGAUUUAUAGGGGUUGGAUCCGCGGGUACUUUUUCCCUUUCCGUUUGGAGGGGAGGAGGGUAUUCAAGUUUGUUCCUUUUGCUGUAUGGUUUGUGAGAAUUGAAUCUAGGGUAUUGUUUGAUCAUCUGGGUAUCAAUCGGGUGGUCAAUUUAGGGUUAGAUAUGGCUGCAUUCUUGUAAAUAUGUGUAUAGUUUUCCUAGGGUUUGAAAGUUCUGCAUUGAUUUGAAGAGCAUUUUGACUUUGUUGGAAAAUUUAGAAUUAAGAGCAUAAUGUCGUCAGCCGGUAUUGCUGUUCUUACUCCGGUUCACAGUGAGCCCCCGUUUCCCCAAUCGUGUAUGUCUUCGGAUGAAUCGAUAUUGCUAUGUCUCUCUGUGUUUGGGUCAACUACUCCUCUGUGUGUUUUGGGAUCGGACUCUAUUGAAUCAGUGAAGCUUAGGAUACAAACCUACAAAGGGUUUGUUGCUAAGAAGCAAAAGUUAGUUUGUGGAGGUAGAGAGCUGGCUAGGAGCAAUUCCAUACUCCGGGAAUACGGGAUCACUGAUGGGAAUAUUCUACAUUUGGUCCUUAGGCUUUCUGACCUUCAAGAGAUCAAUGUCCAAACGACUUGCGGGAAAGAGUUUACCUUCCAUGUGGAACGUGGUCAAGAUGUUGGAUAUGUGAAGCAAAAGAUUGCAAAGAAGAGUAAAGAGUUUGUUGAUCUAGAAGAACAAGAAGUUGUAUAUGAUGGAAAACUACUUGAAGAUCAGAGACUUAUUGAUGACAUAUGUAAACAUAAUGAUGCUGUCUUACAUCUGUUGGUCCGGAAGUCUGCAAAAGUUAGGGCCAGACCAGUUGAGAAGAACUUUGAAUUGUCAGUUGUGGCGUCACAGUUGGAUGAUGGGAAAAACUAUGAAGUUGGUGGAGAUAAUGUGAAGCGACAAUAUGAUGCUGGUCAGCAUGACUUUAAGAGAGAUUAUGAAGUUGUGCCAAAAAAACCUCCUGACAGGGGAUUUUUGUUGGAGCCUGUCAUUGUUAACCCCAAGAUUGAAUUACCUUCGCAGAUUUGGGAUAUGGUUGAUGGCACGUCUGACGGACUAGAUAGUGGGAGUUAUCCAAUCAGGUCCAUGGAGGGUACAGGAGGAGCGUACUUUAUGCUAGACUCGUCAGCAAAGUAUGUAUCUGUUUUUAAGCCGAUUGAUGAGGAGCCUAUGGCUCAAAACAAUCCGAGGGGGCUGCCAUUGUCAUUGGAUGGUGAAGGAUUGAAAAAGGGAACAAGAGUUGGAGAAGGAGCAUUUAGGGAAGUGGCAGCUUACCUCUUGGAUCAUCCAAUGGGUGGAUAUCGCAUGCCCUGUGGCAAUGCAAAGGGCUUUGCUGGUCCCCCUACAUUUAUUGUCAAGUGCUUCCACAAAGUGUUCAACCAUCCUGGGGAUGCAACUGUUAAGAUCGGGUCCUUGCAGAAGUUCAUGGAGAAUAGUGGAAGUUGCGAAGACAUGGGCCCUGCUGCUUUCCCAACUGAGGAAGUGCAUAAGAUUUCUGUUUUAGAUAUCAGAUUGGCAAAUGCGGACAGGCAUGCUGGAAACAUUUUGCUGGGCAAAGAGGGUGAAGAUGGCCAGACUGUGCUGAUUCCAAUUGAUCAUGGCUACUGCUUACCUGAAACAUUUGAAGACAUUACAUUUGACUGGUUGUAUUGGCCACAAGCACGCAAGCCUUAUGCUAACGAGGUCAUUGAUUACAUCAAAUCACUGGAUGCAGAAGAAGAUAUUGCCAUUUUGAAGUUCCAUGGAUGGGACAUGCCCCGCAAAUGUGCUCGCACACUUUGCAUUUCAACGAUGCUGUUGAAGAAAGGGGCAGAGAGACAGUUCACUCCCUUUGCUAUAGGAAACAUAAUGUGCAGAAAAACCCUGAACAAGGAAUCCAUCAUUGAGGAGAUAGUGCAAGAAGCAGAGGAUUCUGUGCUCCCGGAUUCAAGUGAAGAUGCUUUUCUUGAGACCGUGUCCCAAAUUAUGGACCGUCGCCUUGAUGAGAUUGCAAGAUCACUUUGGUAAUGGGAUGCUGAAUCAUGUGGAGAACAUAGGUAUAUAAAGUGUGUAUAUGACCAUGUGACUAGCGUACAUAUGUUUGUCCAUACACCUUCAAUUUCGUAUUAUCGACCACACUUCCUUUCGUAUUCGUGCUUUUCAUUACAGACCAAAAUCCAGUUUCGUUGUGGUUCGUUCGUGACAAUCUCUAAUCCGUUUGUAACAGCACCUGAAGUUUGUGUUGAAGACAGAGAUUUCACUUGUUAGGUUUGGGAUGUUUUUUUGUUUCAUAUGAGAUGAGACAAGUAUUUUAUAUUUUGAUAAAUGUUUAAGAAUAAGAUAGGAAAAUGGCAAUUUGUUGGCA